UUUACAUUGAUGCUACGUUAAAGCUCUUGUAUGUCAUGACAAUAUUAAAAAAAUGCAUAACUUAUAUUAACGGACUUUCCAAUAUGCUUUCCAAUUUGCUUUUUGAAGUUAUUGUCAUUCAUUCUUAUUAUGAAAUGGGGUAGCCUAUUGCAUCGUUGACGCUCGCUUCAUGGUCUCCGCAUCUCUUGCGCGUCCAGUCGUGCCGCGUGCCUGCUUGCCGGUAUGCGUGUAUUGGUGUGUGUGUGUGUGUGUGUGUGUGUGUGUGUGUGUGUGUGUGUGUGUGUGUGUGUGUGUGUGUGUGUGUGUGUGUGUGUGUGUGUGUGUGUGUGUGUGUGUGUGUGUGUGUGUGUGUGUGUGUGUGUGUGUGUGUGUGGGGGGGGGGGGGGGGGGGGGGUGUCACAGAGUGAGUGAGUAAAUGAGCGGCUGAGCAUCGGGGGUUAUCUUGUCCAAUGCGCAUUUUAGGACUGCCUGAUCCAACAACCGCGAAUCGUGGUGUGGUGUGCAGUCAUCGGCCGCCGUCCUAUCGGAUUUAAACAUUAUUCUGCAUUCGCUUUACCGCUCCCAAGCACGAAACCAUUAAACAUGGUCCGGUGGCUUAGGGUUGUUUUACCUGAUCUGUUGUGGCUGAUUUGUAGUCCGUAGCCUGCUAGGGGAUGCAAUGUAUUGAUGUUGUGGAGCAGGAGAGUAAAACGAGGCAGAAGAUGCUUAGCGUCCUAGGCAGGAGAUGAGCAGCGAUGGGUAAGUGUUGCCCGUAGACGAUCUCCCAAUGUCGGGACGUCCAUCCCCAUAGCUGCAUCUCCAACCUUCUAAGUGGACCUUCCUCCUCCUCCUCCUCCUCCUCCUCCUCCUCCUCCUCCUCCUCCUCCUCCUCCUCUACCUCCCCCAUCACGGGUCCAUUGACUCUCUCUCUUCCUCAAAUUGGUUUGAGCCCCCCUCCCCCCUGACACACACACACACACACACACACACACACACACACACACACACACACACAUACUGACCUCACCAUCACCAUGACCACCUCAGCCCUGCGUCGCCAAGUGAAGAACAUUGUGCACAACUACUCCGAAGCAGAGAUCAAGGUGCGCGAGGCCACCUCCAACGACCCGUGGGGGCCCUCCUCCUCCCUCAUGACGGAGAUCGCCGACCUGACCUUCAACGUGGUGGCGUUCGCCGAGGUCAUGGGCAUGCUCUGGAAACGCCUCAACGACAGCGGGAAGAACUGGAGACACGUGUACAAGGCCCUGACCCUUUUGGACUACGUCCUGAAGACCGGCUCAGAGAGGGUCGCGCAUCAGUGCCGGGAGAACGCAUUCACCAUCCAGACGCUGCGGGACUUCCAGUUCGUGGACCGCGACGGCAGGGACCAGGGGGCCAACGUAAGGGAGAAGUCCCGCCAGCUGGUGUGUCUUCUGCGGGACGUGGAGCGACUGCGGCAGGAAAGGAGCCAGGCCUUGAAGACCAAGGAGCGCAUGGCCGGCGGCGGUAGUGGAGGUGGCAGUGGAGGAGGAGGUGGAGGAGGAGGUGGAGGAGGAGGUGGAGGAGGAGGAGGAGGAGGAGGAGGUGGAGGAGGAGGAGGAGGAGGUGGAAGUGGAGGAGGAGGAGGAGGUGGAAGUGGAGGAGGAGGAGGUGGCAGUGGAGGAGGAGGUGGAGCUGAAGGGGGGAUCUACGGAGGGGUCCCCCCGUCCUACCACCCCGGCCGGCGAACCAGCCAGCCCAGCAUGGCCGUGCUCUACGGGGAAGAGUUCAGCCGUUCGCAAGGCUCUCCGUCCUCCUUCAACUCCUCGUCCUCGUCCCCUCGAGAGGCGGCCUCCGACCUUGAGCAGGCCCGCCCCCAGACCAGCGGGGAGGAGGAGCUUCAGCUGCAGCUCGCCCUGGCCAUGAGCAGGGAGGAGAACCAGAAGGAGCAGCGCUGUCGCCAAGGCGACGACUCACUGUUACAGAAGGCCCUGGACGAGAGAAGGAGGGAGAGCCAGUCAGACACGCAGGAGCCCUCCAUGCUGGAUCUGGUGGACGUCUUUGGGGCCCCUCCCUCUCAGGUCCCACCUCCCUCCAGUAAUGACCUCUGGCCCUCCACCCAGCAUGCCUCGGACGUCUCCCCGGACCCCUGGGACUCUGUGGGUGAGUGGGAGCCUAUGGUCAGGCCCCAGGAGCCAGAUGAGGUCAGAAACAUAGGCAGACCCGUUGAGAGCCUCGGGGCCCUUUCUCCACGCGGCAACCUCUGGGCGUUCUGUUGUGCGUCGGCAGCGGUCCGCUCCGGCAGCCCCCUGCGGGGCGGUCCCUGGGGGGACGCCGCCGCUGGCCCGGCCCCUCCCGCCGCGGCGCCCACCCACGCGUCCAACCCAUGGGCCCCGUCCUCCGCCUCGCCCACGGACCCCUGGGAGCCCGAGCCCCAGUCCCCCAGCGACGGCCCCCCUGGCUGGGGGAGCCCCGCGCAGCGCACUGCAGGAGUGGAUCAGACGGACCCGUUCUCCGUGGAGGAACAGGGGGGUCUGAACGACGAGGCUCCUCACGUCUCCUCGCCCCAGCUGGUCGGAGCAGGUUCUGACGCAGGUCCGUUCGACGGGCCGGCGGAGUCGGACCCCUUCGGCAACGCGGACGCCGCGGCCUCCGGUGCGUUCGGCUCGGAGCCCCCGCAGGCGAGGCCGCAGGUGAACGGGCGCGGCACGGCCAGCCCGGAGAUGUUUGACCUGUCGCGCCUGGCGCCGCCGCUCAGCGCCCCGCCCCUUCGCAUGUGCCGGACCCCCGAGGCCUUCCUGGGGCCCACGGGGGCCUCGCUGGUCAACCUGGACGUCCUCAUCUCCUCGUCGCCCCCCGGAAAGAUGCACCAGAACCCCUUCCUCUCAGGCCUGACCGCCCCGUCGCCCACCAACCCCUUCCGCUGCGACCAGCCCCGGCUGACCCUCAACCAGAUGCGGCCGGCCUCCACCUCGCCGCUGCCGCCCCACAUGCUCCCCUACAGCCCCUCUCUGCCCCUGCCGCUCCGCCGCCAGCAGCCCGUGCUGGCGUCCUCCCUGACCCAGCCCUCCGGCGGGCCCAUGGACCUGCCCUCCAACCUGCCCCGGCCCCUGCUCCCCCUGUCCCCCCGCCCGGCCCCCCGCGCCCAGGCCCACGCACACGGCCACAACCCCUUCCUCUGAGAGGAGGCCCGCAGCCCGCAGCCACGCUUCUACCGUCCCGGUGGCUCUGGAGGGGCCCGGAGGACACGGAGGAAACGCGGCUAUUCCUGGGGGAUUUGAUGGAUUGUUGCUUUGUUCAAUCCCGGGGUUGUUCCACUGUCCCCAGUGGAAGUGGAUCGAGGCUAUGGCUCUGGUGUGAGCUAAUCCUAAACCGGGUCUCUAUCUCAGUCUAAGGACACCCCAAACGCUAUAACGUUGACUCCUGAAGAGGCAAAUGUGCACAUUUGUGGCGUGCGCUCAUAUACACAAACAUGCACUCACACACACACACGCACACAUAUUAUCACAAAGAUGCGAAUGCACAAAAAGUGAGCCUCUACACACAAAGAGGCCGCCGACGUACGGUGCAAGAGUUCACAGAGCACUCCUGACACACCCAGAGAACAGGGAGCGGUGCUUUAGGGGGGGACGUACAGGAGAGCCUUACCUGCCACGGGGUCCUCACUGCUGCUGCUUCACCGAGAGCAUGAAUGCAACCCGCUCACCCGGAGCUCCGGAAGUUAUAACCGAUGGAAGCCACGAGCAUUUUAGUCAACGGAGGGAGAAUGUCUAUCCAUGUUGUCGUAACCCAUGUGGUCCUCGUUUUUUAUUUCCUGCUAAGUCAUACCAAUGCCUACGAGGUAGAGGAAACGGUUGUCGAGAACGACGAGGUUUGCAUCGAGCGGAACAGUAACCGAUGUCCAUCCACCACCCCGAACCAGACGACCUCUUUGCUCAAACUUUAGAUAUCAGCCACCGUCGACAGCUUUGACACCAGCACUCCCAGCCUCCUUUAAUCAUUUAACCACACAAUGGGCGGUACCAUGAGAACUAUGUGACUCAGGUAUGUUCCAACAUGCCAGCAAAGACACACACGCACGCACACACACACACACACACACACACACACACACACACACACACACACACACACACACACACACACACACACACACACACACACACACACACACACACACACACAAAACGAUAUCCGGUUAAUGCUCUGCUCUCAAACCAUGUGUGACUGGACGCCAGUUCCACACUGAAAUGGGGGGGGGGGGGAUGUUUUGUUUUUCCUCUUAGAGGGGGGGGGGGCAGUUAUCCAUUACAGGACCUAGAACACGUGUCCCUCAUGGGGCACAACCAGCCUAAAGCAGACUCAAGGGUCUGAACCCGCACCUCAUCCGAAACACUGACUGUUCCCGACCCGUACCAUGCUCUGCUGUCCUGGUGAUUGGCUUCAGUGGGGCGGACAUCAGGGAGACCAAAAAGUCCCUCGGCCGAUAGAAAGGCGGUUAUUCUGUCAUUAACGCAGUAAUGAAAGAGCUGAUUGGUUAGAAUGCGGCGGGGAAUACGCUGUGAGGCAGGAGAGGGAAGGUGGAGGUUUGGUCCAGAGGAGGGCAGUGCUGGCUGUCCUCCUCCUGUUCUGCUGAUCCCAUCAGCCACAACAUACGAUACUCUGGCCUCACUUAACACAACCUGGGCCGUCAUGCAGAAGGCCUGCCUAUGACUGCACAUAAGCUUGGUACCGAUUCAACAGAAUGAUUACCCAUACAGUAUGAUGAUAUGUUAUAUCAAUAAAUGAUUGACUGGAGUUUCCAUUACAUAAA